AUGAAGUUAAAAAGAAGUACAAGUAAAAGGGUUCCACUUGGUAGAAAGUAUAAAAUUCAAAAAAAAGUAGCUCAACAUAGACGAAAAAUUAAAAAAAUAGUUUCAAAGUCUGUAAUUUUAAAAAAUAGGAAACCUAAGAUACUUAAAAUUCCUAAUUCUUGGCCAUUUAAGGAACAAAUGCUAAAUGAGAUAAUUGAGAAACAAGAGAAUAUUAAACUGGAAAAGGAACAAAGACGUAAGAAUAUGAAGGAAGAAGUUCAAAUAAAGGAACAGGACAAAAAAUUAAGUGAAAUAAUGCAAAUAGACGAAGUAAAGAAAUCGAAAUUAACUAACUUAGAUGAUUUAUAUGAAGAUGCAAUUAUAAGGCAAGGUAAAUUUGAAGAAAAUAGUACAAUAGAAGAUAUAAAUGAUAAUGAAGUGGCAGAUUCAUCUCGUCGUGUAUUUCUACGAGAUCUUAGAAAACUAAUUGAAGUUUCAGAUAUUAUAUUGGAAAUAUUAGAUGCUAGAGAUCCUUUGGGAUAUAGAUGUCAUGAUUUAGAAAGGUCUAUUGUUGGACAAGGUAAAAAACUUAUUCUCAUUAUAAAUAAGGUUGAUUUAGUACCUAGUGAAGUGGCUAUGCGUUGGUUAAUUUAUUUAAGGCGUGAAUUCCCAACAUUAGCUUUCAAAUCAGCUAUAAAUUCAUCUUCUGAUCAUGGAGUAAAUCAAGUUAAAGGAAAUGGUUUAGGAGUAUCAGAAGAAUUUUUGAAGACAAGUUCUGCAGCAUUUGGAACAUCUGCACUUAUGUCCUUAAUUAAGAAUUAUGCUAGAUGUGGUGAUAAAUCUAGAUCUGUUACAGUUGGAAUUAUAGGCUAUCCAAAUGUUGGUAAAUCUUCAUUAGUUAAUUCUUUAAAAAGAAGUUGUUCCGUCAAGAUAGGUGCAACUGCAGGAAUUACAAGACAACUUCAAUAUAUUGAUUUAGACUCAACUACACAAUUAGUAGAUAGUCCAGGAGUUGUAUUUACUGGUAAUUCUACAGAUCCUAUAAAUAUAUUAAGAAAUACUGUCCAAUUAACCAAUGUAAAAGAUUAUUUUGAUCCAAUAAAUGUUUUACUGGAGAAAGCUUCUAGAGAAGUUUUGUUAAAACUAUAUAGGUUACCAGAUUUUAAUGAUACACAUGACUUUUUAACUAGUGUAGCUAGAUCACGUGGAAAAUUAAAUAAAGGUGGAGUUCCUGAUACAAAUACAGCUGCAAUGAUUGUACUAAGUGAUUGGUUUACAGGAAAGAUUCCAUUUUAUACUUUACCACCUGAUCUAGAUCAACAAGAAAAAUCCUCAAUAUCUGUGGUUUCUAAUUGGUCUGAAGAAUUUAAAUUAGAUGAUUUAUUUACAGAUAAUAAUUUAAAUGUAUUAUAA